AGCGGAUCGGUGUCCGCUUCCGAGUAACCAAGGCACUGCCCUUGAUCCUAGAUAGAUCAUUUAUCUUUUUUGAUCUUAGAUCGCAGUGUAGUGUGUGAACAUGAGUGAAGUGACAACCAGUAAGCCGGAAAGCUCCUUCGGGAUGCGACACGUGAUCAUCUUCCUUCUCUUUCUCUCCACCGUAACGUCAUAUGCAACCAGAGUCAGCAUGAGUUUGGCCAUAGUGGCCAUGACCAAGCCGAAUAAUUACGAUUUUCCGGUGUUCGCAUGGGAGCAAGGCAUCCGGGACACGAUCCUAUCCUCCUUCUUCUGGGGAUACGUGGUACUGCAGAUCCCAGCUGGUCUGAUUGCUGGAAGAUUUGGCGGGAAGAUGCUGGUGCUGGUUUCCAUGCUGAUCACGGGCGUUGUCAAUCUGUUUACACCUUUGUUGGCUACUAAGGGAGACUGGAUAGCGGUAUGUGCGUGCAGGAUCCUCAUGGGUCUAUCUCAGGGUAUGCUGUAUCCAAGCAUUCAUGGGCUUAUUGGUCAAUGGUCACCGUUGUCAGAGAGAAGCCGGAUGGGAACUAUUGUAUAUUCUGGCUCUCAACUCGGUACAAUCAUCGAAAUGGUGGUGGCCGGUUGGCUGUCCGAGAGCAAAUGGGGCUGGCCAUCUGUCUUCUACGUUGCUGGUAUCACCUGCCUCGUAUUUGCUGUCAUCUGGUUCAUCUUCGGAGCUUCCACCCCUGGUACCUGCAGGUGGAUAUCGAAGGAAGAAAAGAAGUUCAUUGAACUCAGCGCAGGAGCUACUGAUAUUAAUCAGUCAAAGAAUAUGCCUACACCAUGGAAGAAAAUUUGGACAUCUCUACCAUUCUGGGCAAUUCUCCUCGCUCACUGCGGCCAAAGUUUGGGCUUCUGGACUCUUCUUACCGAAAUGCCUUCCUACAUGGACAAAGUUCUCGGUGUUGCUAUUAAAGAUAAUGGAAUCUACUCAGCAUUACCAUACGCUGCUAUGUACAUCCUCAGUUUUGUGUUCAGUUGGACAGCUGAUUUCUUGAUAAACAGAAAUAUUUUAAGCCACGGUGCUACCAGAAAGAUCUUUAAUACUAUUUCCUUCUGGGGACCAGCAGCAGCUCUUCUAGGUCUCUCGUAUAUCCCAGCAGGUCAUGUGCCACUCGCAGUUGCUAUGUUGACCGUCACUGUUGGCUUGAAUGGCGCUCACUAUGUGGGAUUCUUGAUUUCCCACAUCGACCUGUCUCCAAACUUCGCCAGUACUUUGAUGGGCAUCACCAACGGCUUUGGAAACAUUUUCUCCAUCAUGGCUCCCUUGAGCGUGACCCUCGUUGUUCGAGAUGAAACAAGUGCUUCAGAAUGGCGCAAGGUCUUCUUCAUCUCGAUUGCUUGCUACUUCUUGAGCAACCUCUUCUUCCUUCUAUUCUACUCUGGAACUGUUCAACCCUGGAACGAACCGAAACCUACAGCUAGUAUUGAGGAUGGCGUGAAACACAAAGAAAAGGAAGAAAAACCGAAAUCGAGUGACAAAGAGGCUAGCGGGGAACAUAAAUUCUGAUUUAGAGGAUUCCAUACAACCGCUCAAAACUAGUCAAUUAUGUUUAUGUACAAAGGAACAACUUAUUAUUAGAUUAUUUGUACAUAAUAUUAUGUAUACUGUUACUAUUAGAUAAAAAGAAAUAUUCCGAAACGAGUCAUCGAAAUAGCGAAAAUCCUAAUCGUGUAAAUAAUAUAUUUUGUAUUUCAAACAAUUUUAUUUUAAUUACUAAUGGACACAAAGAGCAGUUUAGUUAUGAACCCAGUUUUCUAUAAUAUUAUGCUUAUGCGUUUAAAUUUACUAUCAACUAUCAAACAAAAGCUAUGUUGGAUCGAUAAU